AAAGUGGAACUGCAAAAACCAUAAAGAGUGUACUCUUAAUCAAUUGUAAUUUAAUAAACUGCAGAUAUUACUUCUAUAAAUCAAAAAUAUUGUUAAUGUCAUAUUCAGGGUCUUAGAGCAACACUAAAUUGCUUUUAAAUCUGCAGCAGCGGAUGAACUCCGCCCAUUCCUGAUCUCACUGAAGAGGAGUGAGCAUCACAGAUCCUCAGCGUCAGAUCAAGCCCAUAUAAAACAACGUACUCUCCACUUCAGCCACAACAGAUGACAAGAUCUCCCUGAGGCAGCACUAUCUGCAAAAGGAAAGAAGAACAGAUUUCAGUCAUCAAAAAUGAAAAGACUCAAUUCUCUGAUGCUGUGUUCCUGAAUGGAUGAUAUUAAUAGACUGCUGGCAAGCACAGCUUCCAAACCUCCUAAAAGAGAACUGUUCGGACAUAAUCAUUGACACCAUAACUCAUCCUGAUGGGUUGUCUGAACUUCACCAGUGGAAAUGAGACUUUGCCCGGCAGGCACCUUUAUACUAUGCAGACCUCUGUACCUUUAACAAUCCUUGUGGGUAUCCUCAUCCUGCUAACUGUGUCUGGAAAUGUAAUGGUAGUUAUUGCUGUGACCACGAGCCGAGCCCUGAGAGCACCUCAGAACUUGUUUUUAGUCUCCCUGGCAUGUGCUGACAUUCUGGUUGCCACCUUAGUGAUACCAUUCUCUUUAGCCAAUGAACUGAUGGGUUACUGGUACUUUGGUAAAGUGUGGUGUGAAAUCUACCUGGCUUUGGAUGUGCUCUUCUGCACCUCAUCCAUCGUUCACCUGUGUGCCAUCAGCCUGGACAGAUACUGGUCCGUCUCUCAAGCAAUUGAGUACAACCUGAGGAGGACACCGCGCAGGAUUAAAUGCACCAUUGUCAUAGUUUGGGUACUGGCUGCGAUCAUUUCAUUCCCUCCGCUCAUCACAAUGAAAAAGGACGAGGGUGAAGAAGACAGCCCUAAAUGUAAAAUCAAUGAAGAGAAAUGGUACAUCAUAUUCUCCAGCACUGCCUCUUUCUUUGCACCCUGCCUCAUUAUGAUUAUGGUGUAUGUUCGAAUAUACCAGAUUGCCAAGAAAAGAACAAGAGCCCAGACAGGUGAAAGGCAGAGAGAACAUCGCAAUCCAGGAGACACAAAGUGUGGCUUAGAUCCUCUGGAAAGAAAAGGCGGAGACGGGAGGCAGGUGGAAGAGGCGGACGGUGGAGAGAUCAAUGGGCUCGACGUGGAGGAUGAGCCCUCCUCGUCUGAUGGGAAUGAAAGCAUCCUUUGUUCCCUGAAGAAGAAGAGGGGUACAGCAACUACUAAAGUGGCACAUGAGAACCCUGCAGAAACCGCUCCAAAGCCAGAGGCGCAGCCCUGUGUGAGAGUGAGCAAGUGGAAAGGAAGGCAGUACAGAGAGAGACGCUUCACAUUUGUUCUGGCUGUGGUCAUGGGAGUGUUUGUUCUCUGCUGGUUCCCAUUUUUCUUCACAUACACACUCACUGCUGUGUGUGACGCCUGCUGUGUCCCAGAAACAUUGUUCAAGAUGUUUUUCUGGUUUGGUUACUGCAAUAGCUCACUAAAUCCUGUUAUAUACACGAUAUUCAAUAAUGACUUCAGGAGGUCUUUUAAAAAGAUCCUUUGUAAAAGGGAAAGAAGAGGUUUGUAAAUAAGAUUUGAAUGUGUUAAAGUUCCUAUCAGCAGUGUAAAUAUAACAUUAAAAAAAGAUAUUGAAAGAUAUUUAUUGAAUAUUUGAAAAAUGUGAAAUGUAGCAUGUUUUGCUUCAGUGUUUAACAUUUUGUGUUCUUCCACAUCAGUAGAUGUUUGUAACAAAUAGAUUGAGCAAGUAUUACACAGUGACAACCUGUGAGUUUACACUGUACAUUUGAGACGACAUGGGUGACUUUUUCUACACGUAUGUGAUGAAUUGUAACAGCAUUUAAAUGUAUCAGUCAACUAUCAGAUAUCACCUCUCAUGGUUUGGGUAC